AAAUAAUAUAUCUCGAUUACAGAGGUGGCCAAAUCAUCCACCCAAACUGUUAGUUCCACAGGUAGUAGAAAGAGCUCUAGGCCUGCCUGAAAAUAAUAUCUUAUACCAAGGAGGAGCCAUGUCAGCCAACGAUUCAACUCAAGAACCUAAGUCGGAGUUUAAAUCACAUAUUGAGGAUGGCGACUCGACAGAAACUAGACUUAUAGCGCAUGAUGGUUCGACAGAAAUUGAACUUACAGCGAAGAUUGUUGAGGUUCCUCAGGUGUCUCAUACUAAAUCACAUGCUUGGCCUCAUGGAUUUAUACCGUCCUUACAAGAUCAUUUUAAGCCUCCACAAGAUGGUCCGAUACAAGUAGAAGAGGGGGGGCUCAAGGAUGUUCCGGCUCCACGCAUCCAUACAAGUAACAACGAUCCAGUUGACAAUAUUGAGUUUAAAUCACAUAUUGGGCGUGGCGAUAGAUGUAUAGCGCAUGAUGGUUCGAUACGUAUGCAGACUGCUCCAGCCGACGCGCAUUUUAAGCCUCCACAAGAUGGUCCGAUACAAGUAGAAGAGGGGGGGCGAAAGGAUGUUCCGGCUCCACGCGUCCAUACAAGUAACAGCGAUCCAGUUGCAAAAUUAAUAGAAAGUAUAUACAGUGUCCCAAAGAGCUUUCGUAAAGGAAAUAAAGAGGAACCGAGAAUUGGAAAUUCGAGUGAUUUAGUGGCGAUUGCCAUACAGGAAUGUAUCCGACGCACGCCUGAUCUGUCGCCUGAGUGUUGCAUCUACAAAGUCCCGGAGUGAUUUCUCAAAGGGAAUGAAGAAUUCUACAAACCUCGUGUAGUCGGAAUCGGACCUUAUCACUUCAAAGAUCCAAGCUAUGUCAAGCCCAAAUACGUGGAUGCCUUUUUCCACCGGAACAAGCUCAACUUGGACGAUUGUCUUGGAUUAGUGAGAAAAUGGGAGGCAAAAGCAAGGAGCUAUUAUGUGGAGCAUAUUGAACUAAGUAGUGAUGAAUUUACUUUUAUCAUGCUGAUGGAUGCAACUUUUGUUUUGGAACUCAUGCUUAGGCAUCACUUUUCUGGAUACAUAGAUAAUUGUGAUCAGAUAUUUCACAAGCCGAGGAUGAUUGAAGACGUUUACCACGACAUCUUGUUGAUAGAAAAUCAACUUCCUUUCUUCGUGCUCGAGGGUUUGUAUUUGUACAAGCAACUUGGUAUGAGUAGUCUCUCUCUAGGAGAUCAUCAUCU